UUUUAUGCAGGAUUUGUCAAAGCAGUCACAUUGAAGGGGGCUCUGUGUCAUGGAAAGUCACUCAAGACAAUGAAGAUGGAACAUACAAGGUUCAAACUGUUAUUCGAUCUCAUUCCCGCCGUUCUGGCAACACAUGUAGAUCACUCUUGGAUUUUAAAUGCGUGGUUCGAAAUGGUGGAUGUUAUAAUGCUGAAGAUUUGAGAUCACCUUUCAAUACAUGCCCAAACACAAUUACAAAUGAUGGGAAAAUAUCAGACACGUCACAAUCUGUUGUAUAUACUAAUGAGCACAAAAAUGAAUAUAUCACCAGAAUGCAAGAAAGUUGUUGUUGGAAAAAUGCUUUAUACGACAACAUUAUUGACUACAAGAUGUCUUAUCACAUGGACUUAAGUUUGCGAAGUGACACAGGUCUGCCCAACUCAGCGCCAGCUCUUAUCUAUCAACCAUUUGCUAAUGUCAGAAUUGGCUGUCCAGAGGCAAUAAAAAUCCACACACUAGAUCAAGAUGUUGGAGAUAUUGUAACAUGCAGAUUUGGAAAUGCAGAAAUUGAAAAUGGAGAUAUUGAGCGGUAUCCAUACUUUUCUAUUAAUGAGGAAGAAUGUGAGCUUGUGUAUAAUGGUGGGGGGUCUACGGGAGACAUAGCUGUUUCAAUUAUAGCGGAAGAUCGAAAAGGUACAGCUGGUAUGUCGAAACAAAGCAAGGCAGUUAGGAGUCAACAACCCAUGAGUUAUUCAUCAAUCCAGUUCAUUGUUCGAGUUUCAACUGGACCACUGUUAUACUCAUCCUGUUAUGAAAGGCCAAGCUUUAUUGACCCUACCCCACCGGAAGGGCAUCUGAUGCAGGUAUCAAGUGGCCACACUUAUACAAAGACUAUAAGAAUACAAGGAGUAAAUUUUGGCAGAAUUGAACAUCUCAGUGUGGUAUCUCCCUAUACUGUAACACAAACAGCCAUCGUGCAAAGAAGCAGCUAUGUUUAUGAAACUGAACUUCGAUGGACAGUAGAUUCAAAUGAUAAUGGCAUUAGUUAUAUUUGUUAUGCUGCAUCGGAUUCAAACAGGCUGGUGUCCAAUCAACAAUGCUUCUAUGUUGAAAUAAAUGGGGAUUGCAACAAAAAUAAUGGUGGAUGUUCCGACAACUGUAUCUCAGUUACAAAUGGUGGAGAAAACAAGUGUGAAUGUGGCAGAAGCUGUUGGGAGCUACAUGAGGACCAAAAAACUUGCAUGCCAAAGCUUGAACACAAUUGUGACAAUGAUCAAAUUGAAAUAAGAGUUCCAAAAUGCGCUGUUGAUGGUCCCAUUGGCGUUGGAAAUUUUGACCCAGAUGUUACACCACCACAUGAGUGCAGAAGUGUUGACACAUCCACUCAUCAUGUGUUUAGAUUCAACAAGUACCAGUGUGGUACAAUUAAUUCGCAAAAUAGUGUACAAAACUUGUACUUCAAUGUUAUUACUAUGUGGAUUGAAAAUCCAAAAGAAGAUUCAACUGGUUCUUCGAUCAUAACAAGAGGUUCAUGGUACGAGAUAGACAGCACAUGCACAACAGAGAAAUACUUUGAUACAGAGGGAGAAUAUAACCCAGAAGAUACAACUACAACCAUUACAACAGAAGAAGGCUUUGGGGAAAUUAAAAUUACAUUGGAAUAUUAUAAAGAUAAAACUUUUCAGGAAGCUUAUUCACCCUAUGACUACCCACUCGAUUAUGAAGUUGGUAGCACAAUUUACUUUGCCAUUGAAGCAGAAUCCGAAAAAACAAAUGUUGAAUUAUUUACUGAGCAAUGUGUUGCACAGCCUGAGCCAAGACCUGCAGGUGCAGAGGAUUACAUUAUGUUGUACAAUGGAUGUAUAAUUGAUCCAACCAUGCAAUGUUACCAGUCAUCCAACCCAAUGAUUAAUCAGUUUAGUAUUCAAGCUUUCCGGUUCAACUAUGAAACUCAAGGAGUCAGUGAGAACACCAACGUUCUAAUGAAGUGCUCAGUUCUGGUUUGUGUGCAAAAUGAUAGAUCUUCAAGAUGUUACAAAGGCUGCAUAGGAGGAACAUACAGUGCUAACUCUACCAACAGCAAAUCUGCUUCUACUUUUUGCGGUUCAACCUACAAAGAAGCACAUUCAAGUUCAUACUCCAGUUCUAUAGAAAAACCAGAUAUAAACGAGGUGGAACCAAGAUAUAUUCAAACAAGAUUAUUGAAGCUUGACGACCCAAAUAUAAUUACCUUCAAGAGCAAACCUGGAAGUGCAUCUACAAACGCGAGUAAUAUGUUUGCCUUAGCGUGUAUUAUUUCCACUGGAAUAUGGAUAAAGUCUACAUUGGUUUGAGAAGAUAACAAACUGUAGUACUAGUAGUAGCUAUAAAUAAUUAUUGUGGUAUAAUUAAUUUAUGGAAUGUAUAUGUAAUAAAAUCGCAAUAAUCAUGCAAACAUAAACACUAAAACCAGUAGGUGUGACAUAUGUAAAUGUGUGGAACUUUCUAUUAUUAUGCUGCUUUAUAAUAUAAGCAAUAGACUUGUGACCCACAAGUUAUCAGAAAAAAGCUAAAAUCGAUUCAUUGCGCAACAAACUAUAUUGUACAAAGACAAAUGUAAAAACAACCAGUACAUGUUGGCUCCAACAAGCCAAUUACAUCAUAAAAAUGAGCAAUAUUUGUAC